AUGCGAUCAACCUCCCUCCUCACAGUCUUCGCCCUUGCGGCCGCCAUCAUCGCUUCCCCAACACCACAACCACAACGCGGAUCCACCCCCGCACCCGGCACCCCGGUCGACCCCGGCGUCAGAGUCCCCAAGGGGACUUUCUGCACAGCAUCAAACGAUCCAGACGUCAUUG